AUGGACCCGUUCCUGGUGCUGCUGCACUCGGUGUCGAUCGGCCUGUCGAACGACGAGCUGACCGAGCUCAAGUUCCUGUGCCGGGGCCGCGUGGGCAAGAGGAAGCUGGAGGGCAUGCAGAGCGGCCUCGACCUCUUCAACGUGCUGCUGGAACAGAACGAGCUGGACUCCGAGCACACCGAGCUACUGCGCGAGCUGCUCGUCUCCCUGCGGCGCCAGGACCUGCUGCAGCGCCUGGACAGCUUCGAGGCGGGCGCGUCGGGCAGGGCCCCGCCGGAGGAGCGAGACCUGCGUGCCGCAUUUGACAUCAUCUGUGAUAAUGUGGGGAAGGACUGGAGAAGACUGGCCCGGCACCUUAAAGUGACGGACACCAAGAUCGAUGCCAUUGAGGAGAAGUAUCCCCGAAAUCUGACAGAGCAGGUGAGGGAGUCGCUGAGAGUCUGGAAGAGCACCAAGAGGGAGGAUGUGACAGUGUCGCACCUGGUGAGGGCGCUCAGGGCCUGCCAGCUGAACCUGGUGGCCGACCUCAUCGUGGAGGAUCAGCAGGCCCGGGGCCUCGAGAACGAGGGCGAGAACGUGCCCAGUAGAGGUGAUGGCAGCAGCAUCGCCGUGUCCCUGACGUCCUGCGACUCAGAUGGGCCCUUGGGGACCCCCUGGUGA